CAAAUAAUAAAACAGAAUACAUUAUUUAUCUUCACAUCUUAAAACAUGGCAACUUUCUUUGGCUCUCCAACAUUUCUAUCAAACACAUUGCCAAGAACCAACCAUGUCUCUUCAUCAUCUCAAACACCUCCGCCUCCGUCGUCUUCCACUCCUCCGCCUUCGCAAUCGCAGCCAUCAUCGGCACCAAUCUCAGUUCAAGUUGAAGCACAGAAGCCUAUUAAACCCGUGGCUGCUUCUGCUACCAAAGCUGAAAGUACUGACUGGAUUGCUUCCACAUUAACUAGACGGUUCGGCCUAGGCGCCGGCCUUGCCUGGGUCGGGUUCCUAGCAUUUGGUGUCGUCUCUGAACAGAUUAAAACCCGCUUUGAAGUGUCUCAACAACAAUCAAAUACGAGAGAUGUUGAGAAGGAAGAAGAGGUAGUAUUGCCUAAUGGCAUAAGGUACGUAGAGUUGAGAGUUGGAGGAGGUAAUUCUCCAAGAACAGGGGAUUUAUUGGUGAUUGAUCUAAAGGGAAAAGUUGAAGGAAAUGGAGAAAUUUUCGUUGAUACAUUUGGUGGAGAACAUAAAUCUUUAGCAUUAGUAAUGGGGUCGAGGCCUUAUAGUAAAGGAAUGUGUGAAGGUAUAGAAAAUGUUUUAAAAACUAUGAAGGCAGGUGGAAAAAGGAGAGUUAUGGUGCCUGCUAAUCUAGGGUUUGGAGAAAAUGGUGCUGAUUUAGGUUCUGGUGUGCAAAUUCCACCAUUUGCUACUCUUGAAUACAUUGUUGAGGUUGAUAAAGUUUCAAUUGCACCCGCUUGAAACCUCUUUUCUUUUUGGGUUAAAUUUAUGAAAAGGUCCUUGUGUUUUUUAAGUUUUA